AUGGCCAGAGGUCACCUGAUCAAUAGAGACUCUGCCCAGCCAGUCCUACUGAUCCUUCUAGGUCUGGUUCAGCUCACACAUGCACAGACACCGCCCAAAUUCAUUAGGACCCCGACAGACCAGAUAGGUGUGCAAGGAGGUGUGGCCUCUUUCGUCUGUCAGGCGACCGGAGACCCUCAGCCCAAAAUUGUCUGGAGCAGAAAGGGCAAGAAAGUCAGGAACCAGAGAUUUGAGGUGAUAGAUUUCGAGGACGGCUCGGGCUCAGUGUUUAGGGUUCAGCCGUUGCAAACGCCGCGAGAUGAAGCCGUUUAUGAGUGUGUGGCCUCUAAUGAGGCGGAAGAGAUCAGCGCCUCCACACGCCUCACUGUUCUACGUGAGGACCAGUUGCCGGGAGGCUUUCCCUCUAUAGACAUGGGUCCUCAGCUGAAGGUUGUGGAGGGAUCUCGCACGGCCACCAUGCUGUGUGCUGCCAGCGGCAACCCUGACCCGGAGAUCAGCUGGUUUAAAGACUUCCUGCCCAUCGACACCAGUACCCAGGGCCGCAUCAAGCAGCUACGCUCAGGUGCCCUACAGAUAGAUCGGAGUGAAGAAACUGAUCAGGGGAAAUAUGAAUGUGUUGCUACUAACAGUGAAGGAACACGCUAUUCAACACCUGCCAAGCUCUAUGUCAGAGUGCGACGUAUUCCUCCUCGUUUCUCGGUUCCUCCCAUGGACUAUGACAUCAUGCCGGGCGGGAGCGUGAACAUAACGUGCCAGGCGGUGGGCGUGCCCAUGCCGUACGUGAAGUGGAUGCUGGGAGCCGAAGAUUUGACCCCCGAGGAUGACAUGCCUAUCGGGAAGAACGUUCUAGAACUCACGGAUGUCCGCCAGUCUGCCAACUACACCUGCGUUGCCAUGUCUACCGUAGGAGUCAUAGAAACGGUGGCCCAGAUCACAGUCAAAGCCCUGCCCAACACUCCUGGAGCUCCAGUGAUCAUGGAGCGUUCAGCCACCAGUAUGACGCUGAUGUGGGAUAGUGGGAAUCCUCUGCCCGUGUCCUACUAUGUCAUCCAGUAUCGGCCUGCCUCCUCCCGGGACCCCUUCAAAGAGAUUGACGGCGUGGCGACCACUCGUUACAGUGUGGGCGGGCUCAGCCCAUAUUCGCACUACCACUUCAGGGUCAUGGCGGUGAACUCCAUUGGCCGAGGACCCCCCAGCCAAACAGUGGAGGCUCGGACUGCAGAGCAAGCGCCAAGCUCCGCCCCCAGGAGGGUCCGUGGACGUAUGCUGAGCGUCUCCACGGCGAUGGUGCACUGGGAGGAGCCAGAGGAGCCAAAUGGGCAGGUGGUUGGUUACAGGGUGUAUUACACGGCCGAGCCCUCGCUGUCCGUCAACCAAUGGCAUAAAGAGAUGGUGCGCGGUGCAAACUUUCUGACCAUCCAGAAUCUCACGCCCGAUAAGACUUAUCACAUCAGAGUGCUGGCCUUUACCGCUGUGGGAGAUGGCCCCCUCUCUCACGAUCUACAGAUCAUUGCCAAGACGGGAGUUCCGUCUCAGCCCACUGAACUGAAAGUGGAGGUGAAGUCAGAGACGAGCGUUUUGCUCUCCUGGGUUCCGCCGGCUCAAAGCGGAUCUGACAGUAUCACAGGAUAUGAGCUCAUAUACAGACUCGCAGAUAACCCAGAGGAGCAGAAGAUCACAUUUGAGCCCAAUACCAGUUAUCUCCUGAAGAAUCUGAAACCCUCUUCCACAUACAUCAUCCAGCUGGCCGCCCGCAGUAAACACGGCCUGGGCGCUUUUACCAGCGAAACCACCAUUCAGACUCCUGAAACACUACCCAUAGCCCCUCCACAGGAGGUGACAUGCACAAGCCCCUCCUCCACCAGCCUGUUAGUAAGUUGGGCUGCCCCGCCUCCGGGGGCAAAGAAUGACAUCUUAACUGGAUACUCCAUCCGGUACACUGCUGUGGAGCUGGAUGGCGCCAAGACCGAGCACAUUGAUCGAAUCCCACCAGACUGUUUCCGAUACCGGAUGGAAGGCCUGAGGAAGUGGACUCUUUAUUCCCUGAUGGUGGCUGCCCACACAAAGGCUGGCCUUGAAGCACAAAGUCUGCCUGUGCUGGUCCACACGGAAGAAGACGUUCUGAGUGCCCCUCCUCUCAGCGUUGAGGUGGUGGCGAUGAACUCCUCCACCAUUAGUGUGACGUGGCAGCCUCCUGUUGCUGAGCGACGGCACGGAAAGAUCCGGGGUUACCAGGUGACGUACAUCAGACGAUUUUCAGGGCAGCGUAUGGGGUCCCCCAACAUCAAAGAGCUACUUUUAAGGGACUCACAGAAUAAUAUUAUGAAAUUCCGCAUGUGUCUGUCGCUAGUGGCCAUUCUUUGGCAGUUUUGA